UCGCGCUCGCGCCGGCGCCCACAACCUCUCUCCGCGCUCGAGAGCAGUCUCCGCCGCGGCCGUUCUCCAUGCGCAGCGCGCACCCGAGGAGCUAGAAGUUAGCUUGGAGAGGCGCCGGACCGUGGAUGGCCUUGACUGACGGCGGCUGGUGCCUGCCGAAGCGCUUCGGGGCCGCGGCUGCGGACGCCAGCGACUCCGGAGCCUUUCCAGCGCGGGAGCCCUCCACGCCGCCUUCCCCCAUCUCCUCCUCUUCCUCCUCCUGCUGCUCCCGGGGUGGGGAGCGUGGCCCCGGCGGCGCCAGCAACUGCAGGACGCCGCAGCUCGACACGGAGGCGGCGGCGGGACCCCCGGCCCGCUCGCUGCUGCUCACCCCGUACGCCUCGCAUCCCUUUGGGGCUCCCCACGGACCUUCGGCGCCCGGGGUCGCUGGCCCCGGGAGCGCCCUGUCGAGCUGGGAGGACCUACUGCUCUUCACUGACCUCGACCAGGCCGCGACCGCCAGCAAGCUGCUGUGGUCCAGCCGCGGCGCCAAGCUGAGCCCCUUCGCACCCGAGCAGCCCGAGGAGAUGUACCAGACCCUCGCCGCCCUCUCCAGCCAGGGGCCGGCCGCUUACGACGGCGCGCCCGGCGGUUUUGUGCACUCUGCAGCCGCCGCCGCAGCCGCCGCCGCCGCGGCCAGCUCCCCGGUUUACGUGCCCACCACCCGCGUGGGCUCCAUGCUGCCGGGCCUGCCGUACCUGCAGGGGGCGGGCAGCGGGCCCGCCAACCACGCGGGCGGUGCAGGCGCGCACCCCGGCUGGCCUCAAGCCUCGGCCGACAGCCCCCCGUACGGCAGUGGAGGCGGUGCGGCCGGCGGCGGGGCCGCGGGGCCCGGGAGCGCCGGCUCGGCCGCUGCGCACGUCUCCGCGCGCUUCCCCUACUCGCCCAGCCCACCCAUGGCCAACGGCGCGGCGCGGGACCCCGGGGGCUACGCCGCAGCUGGUGGCGGGGGAGCGGGCGGCGUGAGCGGCGGCGGAGGCGGCAGCCUGGCGGCCAUGGGCGGCCGCGAGCACCAGUACAGCUCGCUGUCGGCCGCGCGGCCGCUGAACGGGACGUACCACCAUCACCAUCACCACCACCCGAACCCCUACUCCCCCUACGUGGGUGCACCGCUGACUCCCGCCUGGCCCGCAGGACCCUUUGAGACCCCAGUGCUGCACAGCCUGCAGAGCCGCGCCGGAGCCCCGCUCCCGGUGCCACGGGGCCCCAGCGCAGACCUGCUGGAGGACCUGCCCGAGAGCCGCGAGUGCGUGAACUGCGGCUCCAUCCAGACGCCGCUCUGGCGGCGGGACGGCACCGGCCACUACUUGUGCAACGCCUGCGGCCUCUACAGCAAGAUGAACGGCCUCAGCCGGCCCCUCAUCAAGCCGCAGAAGCGCGUGCCUUCCUCCCGGCGGCUUGGAUUGUCCUGUGCCAACUGUCACACCACAACCACCACUUUGUGGCGCAGAAAUGCCGAGGGUGAACCUGUGUGCAAUGCUUGUGGACUCUACAUGAAACUCCAUGGGGUGCCUCGACCGCUUGCUAUGAAAAAAGAGGGAAUUCAAACCAGGAAAAGAAAACCUAAGAACAUAAAUAAGUCAAAGGCUUGCUCUGGUAGUAGCAAUAAUUCUGUUCCUAUGACUCCAACUUCCACCUCUUCUAACUCAGAUGAUUGCAGCAAAAAUACUUCCCCUACAACACAACCGACAGCCUCAGGGGCGGGCGCCUCAGUGAUGUCUGGUGCGGGAGAGAGCACUAACCCCGAGAACAGCGAGCUCAAGUACUCAGGUCAAGAUGGGUUGUACAUAGGCGUCAGCCUGGCCUCGCCGGCCGAAGUCACAUCCUCGGUGAGACAGGAUUCCUGGUGCGCCCUUGCCCUGGCCUGAGCCUGCUGCCAGGGAGCAGGAGGGCGCGCGGCCCGCGGGGAUUUUUGUCAAGCUGGCCACACCAGGGCGAGUAUGCUGACGGAACAUUCCUCUGAUGCGUGAUUUCCGUGCCUUUAUUUUGAAAGAGAUGUAUUUCCUGAGAGGCCUGCUCUGCCUUCACCCUGCCCCUAUCUCUGAAGAGCCAGAGAGGAGAUGGAGAACUUCCAGGGAAGGGCCAGUGCAGCCCACAGCAUGUCGCCUCCUCCCCGGCCACGGUCCUUUCCAGCCAGCCAACCUGCCUCUGGGCCCGCCAGGGGAUCUGAUGUCCGCCGUGCCACUUCCAGAAAGCGGGACUAGGACCAGGGCCUUGCCCGCUAAGGAAUAUUGAGAGAGAUUUUUUUUUUUUUUUU